AUGGCGUCCCUCUUACGGAGACCGUUCGCCAUUACGGCGACACUGCGACAAGCUUCACCGAAAUCGCAAACCCUCACAUUCCGCGCUUUCCACAACACGCCACUCAAGCAGCAUCCGCACUUGUUCCGACCCGCAAAGCCUACGGUAUCGACGUCGCAAAAUGUCUCGAAGUUCCAGCAAGCGUUCCGACGCGGAUACCAGCAGGCUGCCUACAACCCUGUAGCGCAGGGAGAUAUGCGACAGCGUCUGCUGUAUGGAGGUGGCAUCUUCGCGGGCACCCUGCUUGCGAUCAAUUUCAUCUUCAAUCGCGAGACACGCGAGGAUGGUGGCAUGCCACCAUUCGAGCGCGAGUACCUCAACGACACCUUCAUGCACACUGGCCUUGGUAUUGGAAUGAUCGGAAUCGCAGCCCGCGCCCUGCACAUGAACGGAUGGAGCUUCAGGCUUAUGAGCGCAAACCCGUGGCUUGUGCUUGGUGUUGGUCUCGUUGGCAGCAUCGGAACUAUGUACGGCACCAUGGCCACUUCGCCUUCCAACUACGUCCAAAAGUACGCCCUCUGGACUGCCUUCAACGGUACCCAAGCCCUCCUUCUGUCGCCACUCUUCUUUAUGCACCCUGCCAUCCUCGCUCGCGCCGGUCUCUACACUGCUGGAAUGAUGGGCUCCAUCGCCUUCGUCGGCGCCACCGCCAAGACAGACAAGUACCUCUACCUCGGUGGCCCACUUCUCGCUGGUGUCGCAAUCGUCGCUCUCUCCGGUCUCGCUCCCCUCGUCGUUCCAGCCACCGCUGCCCGCACACUCAUGGUCACCGAGAACCUCUGGCUGUACGGUGGGCUAGCAGUCUUUGGCGGCUUCACCCUAUAUGACGUCCAAAAGGUGUUGAACCAUGCACGCCAGGCUCAGGCCGGCUUGAUCCCCAAGGACCCCGUCAACGAGUCCAUCUCGCUUGAGUUGGACUUUAUCAACAUCUUCAUCCGCAUGGUACAAAUUCUGGGCAUGAGCCAGAACAGGAGGAAAUAG